GGCUGGCAAAUAGACAACAACACCGGAUUGAGGAAACUGACGAGGGCAUACUAUGUGCAAAACAAACUUGUUUAAAGCUGACAGUCAUGCAGCCCGAGCCAUUUGACUCACUGUAGAGGACAGCUCCUCCUCAGCGCACUAGACCCGAGGACAGCAUCCAGCGUGGUGUUCGCUAGCACUUCAAGACAUGCGUUUGUACGCGAUCCCGGUGUUGUUGCUGAUGGUGCUCGGAGACGCUGACGCGUGGGGUCCCUCUGGUAAAUACGCCGUCAGCUGCCCGGAUAAAUGCAACCCCGCGCGGUGCGGCUCGACGCAGCGCUGCAGGCGCACGGUGCUGGAUGACUGCGGAUGCUGCCAGCUCUGCGCCGCGGGACGGGGAGAGCACUGCUACCGCACCGUGUCCGGGAUGCACGGCGUCAAGUGCGGACCGGGACUCUUCUGCGACUUCUACAAGGAUGAAGAUGAUUAUGGAGAUGAAUAUGGCAUCUGCAAAGACUGCAUGUACGGAACAUAUGGCAUGGAAUGUCGGAAAACAUGCAACUGUAAAGCAGGUGGAUUGUGUGACAGGGAAACAGGCGCUUGUCUCUCCUUUAAAUUCUUGGCUAAAAUGGCCAUGCUGAAAUCUCAUUCAAGUGAAGGUAAUGGUGUGGGCUCAGGCGACGGAAACACUGAAACCAGCAGCAAUCGUUCUUCUGCUCGCAAUUUUCUCACCCCUCGCUGACAGCAACUCUCUUUCUUCAGUUUAGUCAGUGUACAUGUAGCAUUAUAAAUUAAAGGACCAAAUGGAUAUAUUUUAAUAUGUUUAAAAGGGUCAAAGA